UUUCAAAGAAAAGUACUUGUUUUGCGUAAUUCAUUAUUUUGCCAUUAAGUAUUCCGCGAACCCCACUGCAAGGCAGAAUCUAGUCUCAGACGGUCUUUCCGUUUUCGAGUUUUUGAGAAGACGCUGAUAUUCUUAGCAAUCUCCUUCUGUAUAGGAAUCAUUCAAUUACAAUAUCCGAUUUUUAUUUCUUCGAAUUGACUAGAUGGGAUUUUCGCAAAUCGGUUCAGCAGUUCAUUUCAGGCUGAGUUCAUGAAAAGUUGUCUCUCUCGGGGUUUUUUUCUCAUUAUUUUUGCAGGCUGUUGAAUAGGCUGCAUCGAAUAGGGGAUCUGGGAAAUGGCUAUGGCCAGCAAAACUCGGGCCAUGCUCGAGGGGCUGGUAAAGGAAGGGUCUUUCAAGUGGUUUACUAAAUCACAGAGUCCAUUCAAUGACGAGAUAGAUGAGAUGAGAAAUUCUCCAUCUGCUGGGAAGAACUGGCUCCAUGAUCUCUCUCCCGUGGCAAAUGUAGUGGUGCGGAGAUGCUCAAAAAUCCUUGGCAUCUCCAUGUGCCAACUUCGAGAAAACUUUGAUGGAGAGGCUUCUGAUUCUUUAAGGCAUCCAUCAAACUUAGCACGGAACUUUUUGGAAUACUGUUGCUUCAGGGCUCUUGCUCUAUCUAUUCGAGUAACUGGUUAUCUGGAUGACAAAAAAUUUCGCCGGCUUACAUUUGAUAUGAUGGUUGCUUGGGAGUUUCCUGCAGCUGCCAGCCAACCAUUUCAUAAUAUAGAUGAGGAUGUUACAGUUGGAAUCGAGGCUUUUUCUCGAAUUGCUCCAGCAGUUCCCAUUAUUGCCAAUGUGAUUGUCGGUGAUAAUAUCUUUGAGGUGCUUGCUGCUUCUACCAGUGGCCGGCUUCAGUUCUCUGUCUACGAUAAGUACCUUAGUGGAUUGGAAAGGGUAAUACGAAAACUGAAGAAUCAAUCGGAAUCAUCCCUCCUUUCUUCCAUCCGAUCAAAAAGAGGGGAGAAGAUCCUGGAAGUGGAUGGAACAGUCACAAGCCAGCCUGUUCUUGAACAUGUGGGAAUUUCAACAUGGCCUGGUCGGUUAACUUUGACUGAUCAUGCUCUAUACUUCGAAGCUCUUCGUGUUGUUUCUUAUGAUAAAGCAAAAGUAUAUGAUCUAGCUGAUGACUUAAAGCAAGUUGUUAGACCUGAGCUGACUGGACCAUGGGGAACCAGGCUUUUUGACAAGGCAGUCUUCUACAAAUCAAUUUCAUUAUUGGAGCCAGUUGUAAUGGCGUUUCCCGAGCUUAAAGGUCAUACCCGUCGUGAUUACUGGUUAGCUAUUAUUCGUGAAGUUUUAUAUGCCCAUAGAUUUACACGUAAGUUCGAGAUCAGUUCUCUGGAGAAGGAUGAAGUGCUUCUGAAAGCAAUAUUUGGGAUUCUGCGAGUACAAGUGCUUAAAGAAAUAGGUUCUGCUGUCCCUGUUUCCUGUGAGGCUCUUCUUAUGUUCAACGUUUGUGAUCAGCUCCCAGGUGGGGACAAAAUUUUAGAAAAUCUUGCGAUCAUGUCUACAACGAGAGAAUUAGACCGCACAAACUCUGCUAAAUCUGGAAGUGGGAUGUAUUCAAUUUCAGCUUUAGCUAUCGCUUCUAAUUUGGGAUUUGCAUCAGGAAUGAGUUCUGGUGUAGCUAGUGAGACAGGAUUAGUUGUUGGUGAAAUUGCUGUCGGAGAGAUGACUCCUUUGGAGAAAGCAGUUAAAGAAGCUAGAAGCAGCUAUAAAAAGGUAGUGCAUGCUCAAUCUACAAUAGAUGGAGUUAAAGUUGAUGGAAUUGACACCAACAUGGCAGUGAUGAAGGAAUUGCUUUCUCCUCUGAUUGAAGUUGGAAAUUGGCUUCUUUCUUUGCUUUACUGGGAAGACUAUUGGAAGUCCGUGGUUUUCUGUUUGGUUUUCACAUAUAUUAUCUGGAGAGAAAAGUGCCUGACUUGCACUUUGAUAAUAAUUCCACCCAAGCAGCGAUUAGGUUGGCUAGGCUAUGCCUUUGCAACAUUGCUCAUCUGUUUUGCAACCUUCAUGUUGAUUACGCGUUGUUGUGGCCAAGGAAGGCCAGUUGAUGAACUCAAACUCAAAGUAAUAGCACCCCCUGCAAUGAAUACCAUGGAGCAGCUUUUGGCAGUUCAAAAUGCAAUUUCUCAAGCUGAAGAGCUAAUCCAGGACGGAAACGUUGCUCUUCUCAAAUGCCGUGCCUUACUCUUAUCAAUAUUUCCCCAGGCAACCGAGAAAUUUGCAGUUGCACUCUUGGCCACGGCUUUACUGCUGGCGUUUUUGCCUGUAAAAUACAUUGUCCUACUCGUUUUUCUUGAAACAUUUACUAAAUACUCACCUCUUAGGAGAGCCUGCACUGAGAGGUGGACGAGAAGAUUAAGAGAGUGGUGGUUCAGCAUACCAGCUGCUCCUGUUGUUCUUGAAAGAGUCAAAGAAGACAAAAAGAAAAAGUGACUCAAAUGUUCGUUCGUUUGUUGUACUAUCUAUCUUGAGGUUAUCUCGGGACUGCGAAUUUGUAAAUAUGGAGGUAAAUAUAAUUAUGCCAUGUAAUUUGUAUGUUUCUUCAAAUGGAUGCUUUGUCUUCAAUUCAUCCCUGAUAUCUGCAAGAGCAAGUUAAGAAUAUUUUGUGCAGGAAGCUUGUGAUCUUAAUGGUUUGCCUUAGUGUUCU